CCCUUUCUCUCGCUUUCCCCGCCCCCUUCUCUCUCCUCCACGAAGAAAGUUAGACCCCAGGCCUGGUGGCGUGGUGCUGAUCGGACUGCGGGCUUGGCGGUGAGCGGUGAGCGGGGCGGAGCGCACGGCGCCGCCGCCGCAGCCUCAGGUGGCUGCCAAAGUUCCCGGCAGUCGGGCGCGAGCCCAGCCCGCGGUGGAGCUUUCCUCCUGUUCCUCGUGGACUGUAACCUCUCGGAGGGAUCCCACCAAACCAGCGGUACCGUCAGGAGACUGUAACUCAGGCUGGCUGCAGCUGCCAAAGCUCAGGUUCAGAGGUGGUGUUUGCAGCGGUCUCCACCCAAAGGAAAAAAAUCCUGCAAAUCUCCAGCUGCAAUCAUUGUUGCCCUUCCUGCAUACAAGCUCGACAUGGGAUCCAGAUACCAACAUUAUUUCUGAGUAACUCCGGAUGCUUCAGGCACCGCCCACCUUUCCUGCUCCCCAAGGACUGGGAGAGGGCGGGGCACAGGGACUCCCUGGUCACUGCAGCUUCUCAUUCUCCAUCCUUCCCCUGGAGGAAGAGCAAGCGGCGCUGAGGACGGCAGACUGGGUUGAGCUGCUUCUGUAAGAGGUGCAAAGGGUUAAUUGGAAUUCUUCAAAAUGUCAGGUGUGGUCCCCACAGCACCUGAGAAAUCUGCUGAUGAAAUGGAAAAUCAAAUAAAGUCACCUAAUCCACAGCCUGAUGCCCCUCCUGACUACAAUUCCCAUUUUGUACCAGGACCCCCUGGAGCAGCUGUCCCUCCACCUGUAGGCUACCCAGGAGGCUUCCCUGUGAGAUAUUAUAGUCUACAGCAGCCCAGUACCUUCCCCUAUGGCCAGCCAACUGGUGGCACCUACCCUAUCCAAUACCAGCCUGGAAAAUAUCCGGUGUCAUAUCAAUCUGCUCCAAUAACAUGGAUGCCAGGGUCAGCUCCAAUACCUGACUGCCCUCCUGGCCUGGAAUACUUAACCCAGUUGGACAACAUACAUGUUCUUCAGCAUUUUGAGCCUAUGGAAAUGAUGACGAGAUUGGAAACUAAUAAUAAAUAUGAUAUUAAAAACAACCUGGGCCAGAUGGUUUACGUUGUAAUUGAAGAUACAGACGACUUUUCCAGGAAUGCUUAUCGGACACUGAGGCCCUUCAUCCUCCGGGUCAUGGACUUCACGGGCCGAGAAAUCAUGACAAUGCAGAGGCCUUUCAGAUGCACCUGCUGUUGCUUCUGUUGUCCCUCCACCAGGCAAGAGCUGGAGGUGCAGUGUCCUCCCGGCGUCACCCUCGGCUUUGUUCUGGACCACUGGAACCUGUGCCGGGCGGUGUACAGCGUCCAGAACGAGAAGAAGGAAACUGUGUUGCGCAUACGUGGGCCGUGCUCCACCUAUGGCUGUGGUUCGGAUUCUGUGUUUGAGGUCACAUCCCUGGAUGGUGUCUCCAACAUCGGCAGUAUUAUUAGGAAGUGGAAUGGUUUGAUGUCAGCCAUGGGCGAUGCUGACCACUUUGACAUUCGCUUCCCAUUAGACCUGGAUGUGAAGAUGAAAGCCAUGAUUUUUGGAGCUUGCUUCCUCAUUGACUUCAUGUAUUUUGAAAGAUCUCCACCACAACGUUCAUCAAGAUAGAUGGACACCGCAAAUCACCACUGAUGGUUUUAAAAAAAAUUAGAAAGGUUGGAUUGGGCUUACAGUCAACCCUCAAUUAUUUGCAGAUAUAUUUACCUGCUUUUGCAGAUUAUUUUUAUUUGGUGUUAGCUUUGCCAUGUAAGCUGCAAGUAUAAGAACACAAUCUAAUGUGUGUUUCAAUUGAGUAUGUGUCUCAUUGUCUGCUUUGUAGAAUAGGAGUUCAUCCUGAAAAAGCUAUGACUCAUUAACCAAGUAAAUAUAGAUACAAAAUGAGCUUGAAAAUGCUUUAAUAUGAUAUAGGGGAAAUGAAUUCCAGAGCUCUCAUAUUAGUAGGUAAUGUUGAUCGACAUAGACUCUUACCAAAGACAGAUUUGAUUCAAGUUGAAAACAAUGAUACUCUUCAUCUUUAAAAAAGAAAAAAGAAGGUGAGCAGAAAUAUUAUAUUUUAUUGCACAAGGAACAUUUCACUUGUGCACAUGGAUCAAAGCCUCAUUUUGCAAAAUUCAUAAAAAAUUCAGUGGAAAACUUGAUUUUAUUAUAAAAUAAAACUUUUUAUCAUAA